AUGUCGCACGCUUCCGCAGAGGUGCUGCGGUUGCUGCGUGAGUCGCAUACACGGCGGCUAGUGGCAAAUCUGACUGAGGAGCGGCUGCAGAGGCGGUCCCGGAAGUCGAAGACCAUCCAAACGGGCCGCGACGCUUAUGGCAAACUUCUGGGCAGACUCUUUGAAGCCGGAUACUUCCAACAGUUCGGUAUCGAUGACGCAAGGUUGCUAGAGAUGCUCCAGGAGCGAGAUUUGAUCGACGAUGCUAUGGUACAUGUAGCUCAAGGACUGAAUCUCCCUUCCCAUCUCGGCUCCGCAGCCUUCUUUCUUAUCUUCGGAUGGAUUACGUGCCAGAUGAAAUUAUCCGACAUCGACCUCUACGACAUCAUCACGUGCUACAGCCUCGCACCAUCCGACGACGGCCGGCUUGCGCAGAUAAUUCGUCACCUGGUGCUCAUUGUGAUCGACCUAACCGUGCUGAAGUUGCAAGCUGAGGGUUGCCGCGAGAAAUUCGACCGAGAUUUGCAAUUCUUUUUGCAAAAUGGCACUGCAUCUGGUAUCUACGGUCGCCUGCAUACACUCAUGCAGUGCGGCACCAUGAUGUACGAGGGAAGCUCCGAUGCAAUCAUCGCAAACACAAUCGCAAUGGAGCUUCCAUCCAUGCCUAGGAGUCGGCAGAUCGCCUUGACGCGAGUGCUGCGUCACGUCACCGACAACGUACUGGGCCGCGCCAACCGCAACCACAUCGGAAUAUCGCAGCGGGACAGCGCUCAUCUGUGGCGUCUCAUUGUCAAGGGAAUAGAAGAGUCUGGCGUUAAUGACUUGGCGUAUGACGACAAAGCGCUGCUGCUCUCCAUCCGCGCUCUGGGCAAGCAAUUCGACAUUAGCGUGAUUGCAAGAGUGCUAUCGCAAGAUGUUUUCAGCCACUACAACGACGUGCACGACUACCAUCGCAACGUUGACUUAGGGGGAGCGCUGGUUGCAAUGCGCAAGCACGGCAUAGCAUUCGAGUUCCCCGACACGUUCCCCAUGGCAGAGGGCAAUCUUGCGACGGUUAUCAUGGAUCGUCAUCUUUUCUAA